UCCAAGGAUUCCAUCUGUUCAAGAAACAAGAAUCCAGUUUGGGCAACAAAGAAUGAAAGCUAUAUAUUGUACUGGAUGCAGAUUGCAGAGAGUUGAUAUGGCCACCACUGAACCCACAGGGCUCCAAUCAGAUCCUCCGGCAUUUCAAGAAUCAGGAUGUCAACCGAAGUACCUCCCACCUGAAUUUGUUGGUAGCAGAGACAAUGGUCCUCAAACAUCGUACUCUUGCUACCUCAUUGAGCUUAAUAAGUACUGUUAUAAGAAGACUCAACUUCAAAACGUCAUCCUUGCUUUGAGGACAAGGCUCGAAUCUGAUGACGAGAAAUUGUCUUUCGAGUUGAGAGUUGAUGGAGGCAGCUGGGUAGGUCAGAUAGUGUACAUUGGGGAUGUUGGACUAUCUAAUGAAGAGAUACAUAGGUGUCAGAGGUUUCAAGUAAUUGUUUUUAGAGUUCUACUCGACCGUAAUCUGAACAAACUAGAUAAAGCAUUGGGCAGGUUCAAUCGUGUUGAUGGUUCUGCUGUUAUUGAUUAUCUCCUUCUUCCGUCUAUCGGUCCAGUUGAUAACCCGUUUAUUGAUUGGAAAAUUAUUUCAUCUGCGUUAUUUUCAUAUGCAAAACCCGAGCAUAGACAUUCACAUUUUUGUUCUAGACAUGGUUGCAGACCAAUGCACACAAAGAAUGGUUUGCUUUUCAGUUGCCUGUUGGAAAACUCUUUGGUAUGGACACCUCAUAAUGGCAAUCUCUAUUGCGUUGUGGGCAUUUUGGAUAAUUUGGAUGGUAGCUCGAGUUUUAAGAUCAGAGGGAAAGAAUCCAUUACAUACAAAGAGUACUAUAAGAAAAAGCAUGGCGUUGAGUUAUGCUUCGAAACAGAACCGUUUCUAAAUGGUAAACACAUUCCUAUGGUGCAAAAUUAUCUUCAUAGAGGUGAAGCUCGGAAGAUCAGAGAAUCAAGUACUUCGUCAGUAGAAUUGCCUCCGGAACUCUGUGAUGUUAUCAUGUCACCCGUGCCAAUUGCUAUGCUCUAUUCUUUCUCGUGUGUUCCCUCAAUCAUGCAUCGGUUCGAGUCCUUGCUCAUCGCUUCCCGCUUGAAAAAAUUGUGCACGGACCACUGUGCUAAAAGUGCUGUUAUUCCAACCUCUAAGAUUUUGGAAGCAAUUACAACAAAUCUGUGCCAAGAAAAUUUUCAUUUAGAGUCUCUAGAGACUUUAGGAGACUCUUUUCUCAAAUAUGCUAGCAGUCGACAUGUAUUCAAAACCUAUCCAAAUGAUCCCGAGGGUGUUCUUACCGCUAAAAGAGAGAGAAUGAUUUCCAAUUCUCUGUUAUACAAGCUUGGAUGUAACUGUAAUAUCCCGGGGUUUAUUCGUAAUGAACAAUUUGAUCCUAAAACAUGGGUUGUCCCGGGUGAUUGUUCCAUAGACAACAAACUGGAUGAGGAGUGUGUAUUAACUUCGGGAAAAGUCUACAGUUGGGGAAGACGAAACAUGAAGAAUAAAAUGAUUGCUGAUGUAACUGAGGCACUAAUAGGUGCAUUUCUUAAUACGGCUGGAGAAAUAGCAGCUCUAUCGUUUAUGAAGUGGCUUGGUCUAGACAUUGAUCUGAUCAAUGUGCCCAUCGUUAGGAACAUCCCCGUGAACGCAGAGAAGCUGGUUGACAUAAAACAUUUGGAGUCUGAUUCGUUGUUGAAUUAUACAUUUCGCGAUCCUUCUCUGCUUGUUGAAGCACUGACUCAUGGUUCUUACGUUCUACAUGGAACUCAAUCGUACCAGCGUUUGGAAUUUCUUGGGGACGCUGUGCUAGAUUAUGCCAUCACCGCGCAUCUCUAUGACAAGUAUCCCGGGCUAUCCCCGGGAUGCUUAACCGAGCUGAGGUCUGCAUCAGUGAACAACACCUGCUAUGCUCUAUCCUCGGUUAAGGCCGGGCUGCAUAACCAUAUUCUUCACUCUUCCACUGCUCUUCAGAGCCUUAUAAACGACGCUGUUCAGGAUAUCAAGCAGUCCUCAGCCUCAUCAACGUUCGGAUGGGAGCUCGAGGCAAGUUUCCCAAAGGUUCUUGGUGAUAUUAUAGAGUCGAUAGCGGGGGCGAUAUAUCUCGAUUCUGGUCUCAAAGCAGACAUAGUUUUUCAGAAAAUAAGACUGCUUUUGGAGCCCAUGGUUACACCAGAGUCCUUGAGACUUAAUCCUGUAAAAGAGCUGACAGAACUAUGCCAGAAGAGAAAGUACAGGAUGGAGGCGCCCGUCGAGACUUACAAAAAUGGCGAGGCGUAUAUCACGCUCGAGGUCGUGGCGAAUGGCGCCGUUCACAGGGGCUCGUCCUCGGCUCGGAGCAAGAAGACAGCCAUUAGAUUGGCUUGCAAGAGUGUACUGAAGUUGCUGGAACCUGAAACCUGAGAAUUUGGUCAAAAGUUUUAUGAUCAAGGAGUGGCUAUUCCUGGGAUGGGAAUUGUUUUAUCUUUUGUAAAUGGAAUUCUGCAGAAUCCUUUGGUAAGGCUUUUAGGAUGAGCCAAACAGAAAAAAUCAAUUUUGUGCCAUUCAUAAUGAUUUGUUGGCAAAUUCUAUUAUCUAUAGAUAUACCAUUUGUAUAGAAAAUUUCAUACGGGUACAUCAUUUUAUUUCCUUUAGUUAUGAGGAAACUGGCCAGGAUUGAGUUUAAUUGUUAAAGAAGGACUAAAAGUUUACCUA